CGGAGCGAGGCACACAGAAGCUAGUUAAUAUAUAAAAAAAUUAAUAAUUACAAAUAUUUGGUUAACAGGUCAAUGUUACCCGGUCUAGAAUAUUUUCUAAUUUCUGUGGUUUAAAUAUAUGGUUACUUGGUUCAUGCCAUUGUAUAAACAUUGAAUAUUUUUCAUCAAUUGUAUUGUACAGUAGUUUAUAGGUUAGUUUAAAAUUUUCAUGAUAAAUGACAAUGCAAAAAGUAAACAAUAAUCUUUAGUUUUCGUUGUUACGCAUUCACCAAAAAAUCGUUUCCUCUAAUUCGUAAAACAUUUUAAGUAUUUAUUCUUGAACCGUCUAAAUCGUUUGAUUGUAAAUUGCAUAAAUCAUCCCAAUUAUGGAGUUAUAUAAACAAGGAGCAGAAUCAAAAAUAUAUUCUACAAUAUAUUUAGAUCGGAAAGCUAUUGUAAAAGAACGAUUUUCUAAACAAUAUAGAAAUAAAUUGUUGGAUCAAACUUUACGAAAAGAACGUACUAAAGCUGAAUCCAAAGCUAUUUUAAAAUGUAAACAAGGUGGAAUUGUUACUCCUGCUAUAUACUCCUUAGAUUUAAAUGACUGUAAAAUAACAAUGGAAAAAAUAAAUGGUCAAACAAUUAAUGACUAUCUGAUUAAUAUGAGAAAUAAGAAAGAUGAUAAUGCUAAGUUAACAAGUAUAUUGAUGAACAUCGGGGGUAUUGUUGGAAAAAUGCAUUCUAUUGGAGUAUUUCAUGGCGAUCUUACAACUUCUAACAUAUUAAAAAUGGAAGAUGAUACUUUGGCGUUAAUUGAUUUUGGCCUAAGCCAUUUUAAUCCAAGUAUUGAAGAUAAAGCUGUGGACAUAUAUGUUUUGGAACGUGCAUUUACCAGUACACAUUCAUAUUUUACACAUUUUUUUGCAGCAAUUUUAGAUGGUUAUAAGAAUGCUUAUAAAUCAAAUGUUCAAGCUGUAAUUGAUCAAUAUCAAAAUGUUCGAGCUCGAGGUCGUAAACGUGAAAUGAUUGGCUAGUUUAUUAAUUUUGUAUGCAUUUUAAAUAUUUUCAAAAUAAAAACUAUUUCAUUUUAA